AUGACGUCGACAUCAGCACAUGCCUACUCUCCCCCGCCUAGACCUUACACACAGAAAUUACUAGAACAAAUUUUGUCUUUCAAUGUGACGCAUGGGUUGGUGCGGAGCGGUUGCUACAAACUGAGCUCGAUUAAUGCCUCUAAUCGACAGGAAUUCAUCAAUGUUGUACUCCAUUUUGACGUUCUGUCCGCCAUAAGGAAAGAAUCACAGGGAGAACAGUGGAUAUACUGUAUUGAGCAGACGUUGCAACCCCCAUUGUCUGAGAACUUGGAUAGUGCGCAACAAUUACAGGACCAAGAGGAACCUAAAUACGCCGAAGACAGAGAUUCCUUCAUCAAAGUACUAUCGACCGUUUGGUCAAAAGUGGCCUAUUUUGAGAGUUAA